AUGCCUCAACUAGAUACGACCACAUGAUUCGUCACUAUCGUUUCUAUAUAUGUUACUCUAUUUAUCCUAUUCCAAAUUAAACUAUCAAACUUCACCUACCCUCUAAAUAUGACUCCCAUUUCCCCCAGCACAUCUAACUUCACAACCCCUUGAGAAACAAAAUGAACGAAAACUUAUUUGCCUCUUUCAUUACCCCUACAAUAA